AUUUGAUUUCAAAGUAAACAUAAAGACUUCCAUGUUUUACACCAUCAAACACACCGGUGAGGUAGCAAGUAGCAACCCUAUGGAGAAGGAGCACAUUCUCCUACUAAUAAUCCUCUCUUUCUCUUUCUUUGUACCGAAACCUAUCGCCGGAGCCAACACCGACUGCUUUCCAUCCUCCUGUGGCCCCACCGAACCAGAAGUACGGUUCCCGUUUCGUAUCUCCGGCCGGCAACCGGCCCGAUGCGGUUUCCCCGGUUUCAAUCUCUCCUGUGACCAACAAAACCGAACAAUCAUCCGACUUCCGUCAUCCCUCUCAUACAUAGUCAACAGUAUUUCCUACUUUUCACAGGUCAUCUCCAUAGAUCCGGAAUUCUGCCGGCCAAAUCGAAUUGUCGAUGUCGAUAUAACAAACACGCCAUUCAGUUACAGUACCUUUUGGAGACAGAGCUACACUUUUUACAACUGCACCUUACAGUUACAGAGCUUCGAUCAAACGUAUCAAGGCUUACCAUUCCGUUGCCUGAGCACCGGAAAUUACUCUUUGAUGUGGUUCACUCCGUAUUGCGGAUCUUGUGAAAGGCAAGGUAAAGCUUGUGGGUUGAAGAGCGAUGAUGGACAGACAAUUUGCAUUAGUCCUUCCCGCGGUAUUCCAAGGAAUGCUAAAUACGGAUUAAGCAUAGGCAUCGGUGUACCUGCCUUAAUAGGCAUCAUCGGGCUUAUAUGUUACACAUCUUCUAGAGUUCAAGCCCAUAACGAAUCUCAUAACCAAAGGAUUGACAUUAACUCAAUCGCAAUCAUCCCACAAUUGGCCUCCAGAACAGGUUUAGAUGGGCCCACAAUCGAGUCUUAUCCUAAAACUGUGCUUGGAGAGAGUUGCCGAUUGCCUAACGAUGAUGCUACUUGUGCUAUAUGUCUUUCUGAUUACAAACCUAAAGAGUCGUUUAGGACAAUCCCGGAAUGUAAUCACUAUUUCCAUUCCGAAUGUAUUGAUGAGUGGCUCAAGUUGAAUGCCACCUGUCCGGUGUGUAGGAACUCACCGGAAAGUUCGGCACUGGUUACCCCUUGUUCUUCGGCAUCAUCGAGAUUGAGUUCGGUAGAUUCAUCAUAGAAAAAAAAAUCGAAAAUAAAUCUUGAAUUUGGAUAGGGUUUACGUGUACAUUUUGUAUGUAUAAAAACAUGGGUAAUUAAUAAUUACAUGGUAAAAGUAUUAUAGGAUGUUUGGUGCAUACUGCAUUGAGAAUUUUUAG